UUCCAGGGCAGGGCUGGGUCUUUCUCGUCCGUCUUAAGCCAGCGAUUAAAGUCCCACCGUCAGCCCCGGGCAGCAGCCGCAGCCCCCGCAUCCCUUCCAGCUCUCCCCACGAUGUUGGCUCUGUGGUUCGCCCCGUCUUGCCUGCUCCUGCUGACCUGUUACUGCGGCGCAUCCCUCGGCUUGCUGGACGCCGCGGCCCCCGCCGGCUGCCCGCCCUGCGUACCGACUGGGUGCCCCGCGCUGCCGGCCCGGGGCUGCCCGCUGGGCAAGGUGCGCGACGGCUGCGGCUGCUGCUGGCAGUGCGCACGCGGCGAGGGCGAAGCGUGCGGCGUCGGAGUCUCGGCAGGGACCGCCGUCGGGUGGGGACGCUGCGCGGCCGGGCUGGAGUGCCGCCGUCGGCGCCAAGGCCAGGCUGGCGUGUGCGUCUGCAAGAGCCGCUACCCGGUUUGUGGCAGCGACGGCCUAACCUACCCCAGCGCGUGUCAGCUGCGGGCGGCCAGCUUGCGCGCCGAGAGCCGUGGGGAGCGCCCCGUCGGGCAGCGCAACAAGGGGCCCUGUGAGCAAGGACCAUCCAUUGUGACACCCCCAAAAGACAUCUGGAACGUCACCAGGGCCCAGGUUUUCCUGAGUUGUGAGGUCAUUGGAGUUCCAACCCCAGUACUUACCUGGAACAAGAUAAUAAAGGGACAAUAUGGCGUCCAAAGAAUGGAACUUCUUCCAGGAGAUCGGGACAAUUUAGCCAUCCAGACUCGUGGUGGUCCUGAGAAACAUGAAGUGACUGGUUGGGUAUUGAUAUCCCCUUUGACCAAAGACGAUGCUGGAGAAUAUGAGUGCCAUGCACUGAACUCAAAAGGAGAGGCUACAGCUUCUUCAAGAAUUACUGUAGUUAAUUCUUUACAUGAAAUACCUACAAAAAAAGGAGAUAGUGCUGAACUGUGAAAAGUGAAGAUUAUAUACUGCAUAUGAAGAGGUAGAGGGUCUCUCAUCCAUGCCAAGUAUAUGUUAAUCGUCCAGAAAACUGACCCCUCUAGUUACUCAUUCCUUGUAUAAUUUUUGCUAAAGUAAUAAAAUAUUUUACAAGUGAA